CUAAUAGCCCAGAGUUAAAAGAGUUUUCACUGUUUCCGUCUCGGUGGCCUCUGUCCUUUUGGCUGCCUGCGCUUGUUCGCCCCUCUUUCCCGUCCCAGUAUCUCUCUCUGUUGUUUUUUUUGUCUCUAGCUCACGGCACUUUGAUUCUCUUGACAGGCAGCACGCAGCCCCGCGGCACGGUUUCCGGGCGUACACCUCAUCUUCCUCAUCUUCCCCGGCACAAAAUCCUCAUUUUUAGUGACCUGUCAAGAGGCAGAUUAUGCUGGAUGAGAUUAUUUUUUACUGCUAGUGUCUCAUUGAGACGAUGCGACUGAAACUACAUUGAGACCUUCAUCCUGUGUGUGUGUGUGUGUGUGUCUCUGUGAAUGUGUGUAAGUGAAAUAUAAUUGAGUUGUUCCAGAGUGGUAGUCGCAGUAGGAGGUGUCCCAGGCUGCCUGCAGCAGACUGAUAAGCUGCUCUCUCGACAAGGUUUCUCAAACAGGCCACAGGUGAGAGUGCGAUGAGGAGAGGUUUCAGAGUGUGAGGCCAUGGGCUGCACCUCGGCCAAGCAGGUGUCGGCCGUGCCCAACGAUGAGGAGGGACGCGGCAAGGCCUACAGCAAUGGAGACCUCUUCACAGAUGAAUACAAGAUGAAAGGAGUGGAGGAGGUGAAGUACAUGAGGGGAGAGGAAAACCGAGUGAAUGCACGCAACCAGGAGAACCUGGAGAAGAGUAAUGUACAGUGCAGGGGCAAGCAGCAGAAAGAGCUCGCUGGAGCAAACACCAAGUCGAGUAUUCACACGUCAGAGAGCCAGCAGGAAUUCUUCAGGUUGCUGGAUGAGAAGAUUGAGAAGGGCCGAGACUACUGUUCGGAGCAGGAGGAGGAGGAAGAUGGGACAUAGCACAGAGGCCCCCAGAAUACACCCCCACAGAGAGCCACACUGUGUUUAUGCGAGUGAGAGAGAGCGUGUGUGUGUGUGUGUAUAAAUGCAUACGUGUGUCCAUGAGAGUAAGAGAGAUUUGAAUCAGUGUUUUAACAGUAGGAUUGAUUGUGUGAUGGUUUGAAGAUAUGGCAAAGAUAGUAUUUUAAGUGGGGGAUACGUGAAAGAAUGAAAGAAAGAGAGAGAGAAUGAGAUGAAGAGAACUUUCUUCAGAGACUUCAACCCUCCUCUCUUAGCACCUUGUCACCUCAGGCCCCUGGGCGGAGAGAUGGAGGUGGCAGUGCGAUGAAGGGACAGACAGAGGUAGAUGGAUGGUCACACAUGGUCCUGAACAGAGAGGACAACCUGACUUAUUCCCUCCAGCAGGACGACAGCUCCUCGGCCCUACUUCUGUCCCUCUGUGUCUGUCCUUCUUGAUCCCGAAUAUUUAAGCCCUGCAUUUGGACAAAGGAACUCACAAAUAUGGAGACCAGGUGAGGACAAGUUGACUUGGUGUGAAGUACUGAGAGACACACAAGAGGAGAAGAUGCUGAAGGGGCUACGUAAAUUCACCAGGAUCCUCACUGGACUUUUCGACCUGCCGACCUACAGCCAGGCCGGCCACCGGGGACAGAGAGCAGGGGGGAGGGAGGCUGAAGGAAGUAGGAGAAGAAAAAGGGGUACAUUUUGGAUAUUUUAAUAAAAGCGAAUAGAGAGAAAGCUGGUGAUUUAGAAACUCUAUACUCCUUCUGCCUUCUGAAGUCAAGGACCUUUUUUUAAUUUUUUAUUCUGUGCCACAGCAACUCAUUCAGUUAAUUUUCCCGUUUUCUUUUUUUGGUGUGUCUUCUGGCUUCCUUCGUAGUGUAUCCUUAUCCACUAUCUUCCUCACCACCACAUCAUGCAGACUGAGGCUGCAAUCAUUCAGAGAAUCAGUCUCAACCCAAUCCGCCCUCAUUUGUUAUACCUUUACACAGCAGAUCUUAACUGACGUGCACACGCACCAUGGAGUCUUUUUUUUUGUACAUUUGUCAACACUCUCUCCGUCACAACCACACAAAUACACACUCACAGUGUUGUAUCCCUUUCAUUUCACCAGAAGACAGUCGUGUGCAUCGAUUAGAGGUAUUCUUAAAAACUCUAUCUGCUUCAUUUCAGUGAUCACACACACACACACACACACACACACACACACACACACUCUUGUGUGUGUGUGUGUGUCCCUUGCGGUUCGCUGCAUCAGUCCCUGAUGCAGCGAACCGGGCAAGCUUGAGGUGAGGAUGCAUGGUUGCCCUGGAGACACAGACCCGAUCACGUUUUUUUUAUUUUUAUUGAUGUAUCAUCAUCAUGGAUACUUCCUGUUGUAUUAUUUUGAAUACUUUUUUUCUAUUAAAAAUAAAAACAGAAGCUCUUAA